CCAGCGACUCCGAGCGAUUUGCCCGAGAUCAUCGAGCUAACAAGAAGAUUGGUAAUGUUAAUGUUACCUGACUGUAGGCCCCUCGUCUGUCAAAGAGAGGCUACUGAUAUUGGAAUAGGCUGGACAGGAUGGCCUUGAGCACGAAGUGACUGCUACAGUACUCCCGAAGCCGUGAGCCUUGUUGCAGAACGACACUCAACAGGCUGACAGUUGUACUUUCUCAAGUUGAGCAAAUGCUUGUUCGAGAAGCACCUUGCAGAGGCAAUUGUCGCGAGAGUCGACGGAGAGACUGGAAUAGUGGGCUUCGUAAGGUAUCUCUUCAUGUUUUCAGCUUGGAAAGCCGCCCCAGAGCUAUAUGUCGAGAACAUCUACGUCAAACAGGAACACCGCAACAGAGGCCUCGGUAAGAAAUUCUCCGCCGAGAUGGCUGCGGUGGCUAGAGACAAGGGAUGCGCUCGUAUCGAAUGGAAGACUCACAAGGACAACGCACCCGGUAUCGCUUUCUACGAAAACGCUCUCGAAGCUUGCAGGUCAGACACGACCUACAUCAUGAGGAUUGAACCUGCAGGAUACGAGGGAAUCAUUGAAAGAUUCGGUGGUUUGUGAUACAGUACAUACAUACACUUUGAAGA